AUGUCAUUUCAACACGAUAAUCUGAUUCCUGAAAGGGCCAAGUCUCGCAAGAUGGUGCACUUCUGGUCCAGUUCCAAACUUCCUGAAGGGUUUGUGCCGCAUCCUGAGCCAAUCUCGUUGGUAGGAGGAGUUCCCCACCACGAUUUCUUCCCUAUCCGUCAAAUCGAUCUCCACGUACCCUCGAAGCCAUUUCCUGGCCCAAACGAAAAGGAGACUGUUGUAGUGAUUCCUCAAGUUUCCAGUGACCCAGAAGAAUUGGAUCUGGCCCAGGGUCUUCAAUAUGCAGAGGUAGACGGAUCCAAACAGUUAUUGAAGGUAACGCGCGACUAUACCGAACGUGUUGCCAAACCGGCGUUCGAAGACUGGUCCACUACGCUGACCAAUGGUUCCUCGAACGGACUGUCAAAGGUUUUUUCGGUUUUCCUCGAGGAGGGAGACUCGAUUUUGGUUGAGGAGUUCACCUUCACUCCUGUCCUGUCUUCAUUGAAGGAUGUCGGCGGAAAGCCAGUUCCACUCAAAAUGGAUCUGAUCAAGGGAAUUGACAUAGAUUAUAUGGAUGACCUCCUUGAGAAUUGGUCUGCUACACAUCCAGGACAGCGUCGCCCCAAACUGCUCUACACCAUCGCGAAUGGCCACAACCCACUUGGAGUCGCCCAGAGUAUCGACCACAAAAAGAAGAUCCUCGAACUUGCAAACAAGUAUGACUUUCUUAUCCUUGAAGACGACCCCUACGGAUAUCUGGCAUUACCAGCAUAUGAGGAUGUUCGUAGUGGAUUGGUGGACACCACGAAAUUGCCCACCAACGACGAGUUUGUGAAGCUAUUGCAUCCUUCCUAUCUGACUUUUGAUGCUACUGGACGUGUAAUUCGUGUCGAGACUUUCUCUAAGGUGUUUGCUCCUGGUUUGAGAUUGGGAUACAUUAUUGCUCACAAAAACGUUGUCCAGGCGAUCAACGAUUUUUCCAUGGUGAGUACUCGCAAUCCAAGCGGUGCUGCCCAGCUCCUAGUGAACGACACCAUUCACCACUGGGGCGGAAUUGAAGGAUGGCUCUCAUGGAUCAUCAAGGUGAGACAGGAGUAUGUCGAGCGCAGAAACGCUGCUCUGGAUGUUUUGUAUGACUCCAAAGCUUAUAAAGAAGGUUGGAUUACGGUAAUUGACCCCAAAGCAGGCAUGUUCGUGGCAGUCAUCUUGAACUACGAAAAGAAAGGACUUACUGCCGCACAAAUCCCACAAUUCAUGGAGCAGCUUUUGGUUUUCAACUCGGUGAACGGUGUUGGGGUUGUGGAUGGAGGACGUAUGUCAUUCGAUCCAAUUUCCGCUCCCAGAGCAAACUUUGUCCGGAUCACCAUUGCUUCUGCCCCAAAUCUGGAUGUCUUGAAAGAGGCUUUCAGGAGAUUCUCCAAGUCUGUCCAAGACCUCUUCGAGGCAUAA